AUGCCAAUGUCAAACGAAGCUGUAUUUGACGAUCUUCUGGUGCGGCUAAAGAGGUGUAUUGCUUUGUCAGAAUCUCAUUCUGAUUCGCAGCCAAAGUUUGGGGAACCGGAAGGCGAAAAUGUCGAACAUUUCAAACACGAAGAGGCUCUGCCGUCAGCGGUAGCGGGUUCUUUAAACGCUGAAACAAGGGAAAAUGAGACCUCUGCUCAAAUUUCAUAUCCACCUGAAUAUAUAAAGAUUGUCGACUAUGAGGAUGAACGUCAAAUGGGCAGUAUUAUGCGCCUUAUAACUAAAGACUUAAGCGAGCCUUAUUCUAUAUAUACCUAUCGAUAUUUUAUACAUAAUUGGCCUUCUUUAUGUUUCUUAGCUUUAGAUACUCGCGUUAAUGAGUUUGUUGGCGCUAUCAUUUGCAAACUGGAUAGGAAUUUGCUAAAAAGAAGAAGAGGUUACAUCGCAAUGCUUGCUGUAGACAAGUCUUGCAGGAAAAUGGGAAUAGGUACAUGCCUCGUUCAACGAGCUAUCGGUAAUAUGCGCAAAAUGGGUUGUGAUGAGGUGGUUCUCGAAACGGAAGUGACCAAUUCCGAUGCAAUGCGCUUAUACAGCAAUUUAGGGUUUAUACGUGAAAAACGAUUAUUUCGAUAUUAUUUAAACGGCGUCGAUGCAUUUAGGCUGAAGCUUUUUUUUACUGCUGAUCGUGAAGAAUAUGAAAAUGCUUCUCUCUUUUAA